CAAUGAGCUUCUCCAUCCCACCGGCUAAUACCCACCCACACUGCCGUCCUCCGAUAAGCAGCAUCAAAACCGCCCACCACCUCACAACCACCGCCUGGCCCCAGGAUGCCCGGGGGAAAGAGAGGGCUUGUGGCACCGCAGAAUACUUUUUUGGAAAACAUUGUCCGGCGCUCAAGUGAGACCAGCUUCCUCCUGGGGAACGCCCAGAUCGUGGGGUGGCCUGUAGUAUACAGUAAUGAUGGAUUCUGCAAGCUCUCUGGGUUCCACAGGGCUGAGGUUAUGCAAAAGAGCAGCACUUGCAGUUUUAUGUAUGGAGAGCUGACGGACAAGAAGACAAUAGACAAAGUCAGAGAGACAUUUGAUAAUUAUGAGUCCAACUGCUUUGAGGUCUUGCUAUACAGGAAGAACAGGGCGCCAGUGUGGUUCUAUAUGCAGGUGGCCCCCAUCAGGAAUGAGAAUGACAAAGUGGUUCUCUUCCUGUGCACCUUCAAAGACAUCACUGUCUUCAAGCAGCCCAUCGAGGACGAGUCCACUAAGGGAUGUACCAAGUUUGGACGGCUGACCCGUGCGCUGACACAUAAUAACCGCAACACCAGUCACCACACGACACCACAGGAGCUCACUCCUAUGAGCAACCAUGAGGUCAGCCAACCCAAGCAAUCCCGUCUGGCAGAGGUAAUUCUCCAGCUAGGCUCAGACAUCCUCCCCCAGUACAAACAGGAGGCUCCUAAGACUCCCCCUCACAUCAUCCUCCACUACUGCACCUUCAAGACCACCUGGGACUGGGUCAUCCUCGUCCUCACCUUCUACACGGCCAUCAUGGUGCCCUACAACGUGUCCUUCAAGACCAAGCAGAACAACAUCGUGUGGCUGGUGCUGGACAGUGUGGUGGAUGUCAUCUUCCUGGUGGACAUCGUACUCAACUUCCACACCACCUUCGUGGGGCCCGGUGGGGAGGUCAUCUCAGACCCCAAGCUGAUCAGGAUGAACUACCUGAAGACCUGGUUCGUCAUCGACCUGCUGUCCUGCCUGCCCUAUGACAUAAUCAAUGCCUUUGAGAAUGUGGAUGAGGGUAUUAGCAGUCUGUUCAGCUCUCUGAAGGUGGUGCGUCUGCUGCGUCUGGGCCGGGUGGCCCGUAAACUGGACCACUAUCUGGAAUAUGGAGCAGCUGUAUUGGUCCUACUGGUGUGUGUGUUUGGCCUGGUGGCCCACUGGCUGGCCUGCAUCUGGUACAGCAUUGGUGACUACGAGGUCAUUGACGAGGUCACCAACACUAUCAAGACGGACAGCUGGCUCUACCAGUUAGCUAUCAACCUCGGCUCGCCGUAUUGCUUCAAUGCCAGCGGCUCAGGCCAAUGGGAGGGUGGCCCCGGGAAAGACUCUCUGUACAUCACGUCUCUUUACUUCACCAUGACCAGCCUGACCACCAUCGGGUUCGGCAACAUUGCCCCCACCACGGAUGGAGAGAAGAUCUUCUCUGUGGCCAUGAUGAUGGUGGGCUUUUUUCUGUACGUCACCAUCUUUGGAAAUGUGACCACCAUCUUCCAGCAGAUGUACACCAACACCAACCGCAAACACAAGAUGCUGACCAAUGUGAGGGACUUCCUCAAGCUCUACCAGGUGCCCAAUGGGCUGAGUGAGAGGGUGAUGGACUACAUUGUCUCUACAUGGUCCAUGUCCAAGGGCAUCGACACUGAGAAGGUGCUGUCUAUCUGUCCUAAAGACAUGCGAGCAGACAUCUGUGUUCACCUGAACCGGAAGGUGUUCAAUGAGCACCCWGCGUUCCGCCUGGCCAGUGACGGCUGCCUGCGCUCGCUAGCCGGGGAGUUCCAGACCAUCCACUGCGCCCCCGGGGACCUCAUCUUCCAUGCUGGGGAGAGCGUCGACACACUCUGCUUUGUGGUGUCAGGGUCACUGGAGGUCAUCCAGGACGACGAGGUCAUCGCCAUUCUAGGUAAAGGAGAUGUGUUUGGAGAUGUGUUCUGGAAAGAGACCACUCUUGCACACGCGUGUGCUAACGUGCGGGCGCUGACGUACUGCGACCUGCACGUCAUCAAGAGAGAGGCACUGCACAAGGUUCUGGAGUUCUACACAGCCUUUGCGAACUCCUUCUCACGCAACCUUAUCCUCACCUGCAACCUACGCAAGCGGGUAAUUUUUCGUAAGAUCAGUGACGUGAAGAAGGAGGAGGAGGAGCGCCAGCGUCAGAAGAACGAGGUUCAGCUCACCAUCCCCCAGGACCAUCCGGUCAGGAAGCUCUUCCAGAAGUUCAAGCAGCAGAAGGAGCUGCAGAGGAAUCAGGGGGCGUCCUCCCAGCUGGACCUGGAGAAGAACCAGCUCCAAGUGGAGCACCACCUUCACCCCAUCCCCCACAGCCUGCAGCUGUCCCACUCCAGCCUGCAGCACUCCCUGCCCCUCAACAUCCAGCGGCCCGGGCCCAACUCCUCCCUGCAGGGGCUCCAGAACGGGGCUCCCCCUACGGGCUGCAGCAGCAGUGUGCUCACCGUGUCCCAGGUCACGCCCAUGCAUUCUAGUCCUGCCAUGGGGGAGCCGCCUCCAGUCCGGCUCAAGUUGAGCAGCAGCCCUGCUCUGGUAAAGCCUCCUGCUGCCAGGGGCUGGGGGCGCCUCAAAAACGUGGCUGCCCCACCUCCCGUGGUCAGGAAGGAGGGACUGAACAAUGUAGCUAAAGCCGUUUCUGUGGAGAUGCUAUCUCAGAAGGGCAGGGGUCAGGAGGCGGGGCUCAGAGGAGGAGAGGGAGAGGACAACCGCCUCCAUAAGACAGACUCCUGCGACAGUGGCAUCACUAAGAGUGAGCUGCGUAUAGACAGGGCCGGGGAGGCCCCCCUGCCACACCCGUUCGGCCCCAUCCCAGAGCAGGCCCUGCAGGCUGUGCUGCAGGAGACCCGGCUGGAGCUCCGGGGGGACCUCCAGAUUCUGGGGGGCCGGCUGGGGGCCCUGGAGAAACAGGUGGCUCAGAUCUUCAAACUGCUGACCUCUACAGAGAAGAGGAGGCCGUCUCUACCUCUGGCCGCCACCCCCAAAACCAAAACCAAACGUCAGGACAUCUUCACUGUCUCCAGACCCGUUUCUCCUGACUUAGUGGACGAUGACGGGCACAUCUGAAGAGGACAUAACACCACUGUUCGACGUACCUUAACAUUUGCACACAAACUUUUAACUCAUGUCCAUCAUGAGACCUUUCUUGAUUGUAAAUAUUUCUCUAUGCAUGUCCAGCUGGAUUCUGGCUUGCCAAAGAAACUAACAGUCUAUUCAGGGGCGCAACUUUGGUUUUAGAAGUGGGGGGGACAUAACCUGGCAGUGGGUCUGGGG